AUGGUUGCACUGCGGCCAAAGCUACAGAGUGGUCCCGGUGUUGUUCUUAAUAUAUUUGUCCGCCUCGUUCCUUCGUCGUUGGCUUUUCUUUGUUUCUCAUCUGUCUCAGUGAGCUGGGUAGGACUCCAGCUAGCUAGUCUGUUAGGCUUGGAAGGAAAGGAGCAGAGCAAAUAUUACAGUGUAGCAGCCUAUGGGAAGAGAAGAGCCUCUGCCCUGCUGUAUAAGUCGUUCCUGAACCAGGGAUUUGGACAGGCUGGGAGUGAUUUCCAUCGUCCUGACCCGAAGCUCUGCACAGACCCUGUUUCCCCCACCAGCUGUGUGGGGGCCGCAGCCUUGCUGACCGGUGCGCGUCCUCCCAAGCGUUGGGGGCUUUGCCCCACGGCCCUCGAGCCACUGUCGGCUGCCAGACCUGAAGACCCCAUCGGGUGUCUUCUCUUCGCUUUUGGCUUGCGCCUGCCUCUUUUAUUCCUCAGCUCAGCCUUGCCCCGUGUGAGAGGGAACCUGGGACAGAAGCCUCCGUGCACAGCCGGCCGCAGCCGCGUCCUCCUCUCCCGCUGCCCUGCUCCUCCUCCUCAGCAGGGCUCCGUGAAACCUUCUUCGAACUUCUUAACCCUCUACUCAUCUCCUUUCACUUCUGCUCUCUUGACUUCCUUUUCAGCUGUGCCUUUCCAUCUCUGCCCUAUUUCUCUUUACUCUUUUGACCCCAGUCACCCCCCAGUACAUAUUGGUGGCAUCUCCCAGUGUUUUCACUGAAGACUGUGCGUCUAGUCCCCUUGGGAUUCUGGCCUGUGUUUAGCCAGAGGAAGGGGUUUGUUCGUGUCUCUCUCCCCUCCUCUCCUCUCUCUCUCUCUCUCUCUCUCUCUCUCUCUCUCUCUC